AUGGAGGAAAUAGGUACGAGUCGUGCGGGUCGUGGAGGUCACCUUAAUGAUGUUAAGGGAGAGGCUCCUCACCCCCGACCACAAACAAGUCGUGUUGUUGUCGGAACCACAGAAAAAUCCUCAUCUUCAACAGCGGCCAAACGCGCGAAAGGGAAAGCUGGAAACAAAAGCAGCAAAGCCCCUGAGGAUUGGGAACGAUAUGAGAAACUUUCGCUACACGAACACAUUCUCAAGCGUGGGGACUCAUAUGUUGGUAAAAAAUGAAAAUUUUUUUGAUAUCGUCGUAGACUCCUAGUCCGACAGGUAUUUCGUUAGGAUUUGGACACCAAAGUUUUCUGGAAUCUGAUUGAGAGACGAGGUCUUCGUUCAUGAUUGUGCAGCAGAAUGCUACCAAAAACUUCAAGGUUCCUGUGAGCCGGAGGAUAGCGAGCAAUGGGUCGUCGGCGAAGACGGGAUGAUGGAGCGGCGCGUGCUGCGCUAUGUGCCUGGUUUGUUCAAGAUCUUUGAUUAAGGCCACACUUAAUCCAUCUAUUUUUUAGUUCAUCUGAGAGCUCUUUUCAAAUAGGAAAAUGGCCACAGUAGAUGAGCGAAAAGAUGGAUGGUAGUGCUGAGUUCUAAUUUGACGAGAUUUUGGUCAAUGCUGCGGACAACUUGCAGCGGGACAAGACUAUGUCCAAUAUUUGCGUCACAAUUUCAGAGCAGGAAAUCUCUGUCGAGAAUGACGGCGCAGGCAUCCGCAUUGCGGCUCAUCCGACCGCAAAAGACACAGACGAAAAAACGCCUUUGCUGAACCCUACGCUAAUUUUCGGACACCUGCUUGCAGGCGAUAACUUCAACGAUAGUCGCAAACGCUGUGCGGGAGGCAGAAACGGAUACGGAGCAAAGCUUGCGAAUGUGUACUCAACGAUGUUUCGCGUGGAGACGUGCGACCCUAGGGGAACCGACCUCACGGGACAGAAGAGAGUGCGCUAUUUUAAGCAGGAAUGGAGUCGAAAUAUGUUCGAACGAAGUCCGGCUGUUCUCUUGCCUGGUACUCCAGUUCAUCUCGUUUUUUUGUACUUACUUGUACCUAGUUACUACGAUCCUGCUGGUUUGAUGACUACUUAGAUACAGGUUUGUGCUUGGUACGCCAACGCACUGAAUCUCCUUGCUACUGGACACAAAAGAUUAAUACCUCCAAAGAAGGAGCCACCAACAAAAAGUUCCUCGCGUCAUUCAAUUUCCAAUGUAAAUCUUGAUUACAGCCGUGCCCGAGGGAAAUCGACCGCAGUUUACGCGGAUCACUUUUCGGCCGGAUAUGAAGCUUUUUAAGGGCAAGGGGGGUGACGAGCACGACGAGCCAGGAGAGCAGGGUGACUCUAGCAAGAUGGUGAUGGAUAAGGACAUCCUUGACUUGAUGAAGCGACGCGUCUACGAUCUUGCGGGUUGCACACCUGAACACGUGUCUGUGCACCUCAAUGGCGAACUACUUCCUAUCCGAACGUUCAAGGACUACGUGGGCUUGUUUAGGAUGAAGGAGGGAUCCCCGCUGAUCAGAGCAGAAGUGCUGGAUCCGCCAGAAUGCGACUCAGAUCCGAGCGUCCCGAGACCAAGCGCUAGGUACUUGCUUACUGAGGCGCGUCACCUUUUUUUAUCGAAAACUGUUGCUGUUGGUUUGCAUGAGUCCAUAUUGACUCCUCUUUUCGUCAAAAACUUGAUGGGGGUGUAGUACCUCCAGAGAGCUAGUGAAGAUCAAAUUAUACUCCACUUCCAAUUCUUGAUGAUUUCACUGGCAGGUGGGAGGUCUACAUCGCCUUAUCCGAGAAGGGAUUCCAGCAGAUUUCUUUCGUAAAUGCUAUCGCAACGAGUAAGGGCGGAUCACACGUGAACCACGUUGAGGGACCUCUUGUGGAGCGCAUAUGGGAGAAGGCAACGGAAGAGUACAGUGGCAGCUUCCGUAUUUCGAGACCGAACAUCAAAUCCCAUCUUUUCGUUUUCAUCAACGCCAAGAUCGAGAAUCCUACCUUUAAUAGUCAGACGAAGGAAGAUAUGACCACGCUCCCGCGAGAUUUUGGCAGCGCUUGCCGCAUGAGUGAAGACACUCUGCAAGCGGUUUUAGGAUCGGGCGUCGUCGACAACAUCCUCAAGUGGGCUAAGGCGAAGCAGCAAGCGGAACUCGCGAAACGUGCCAAAAUCUCGAACAAAAGUCUGACGAAGCUGAUUGUUCCGAAACUCGAGGACGCGAAUAUGGCAGGAACAGCGCAAAGCAUGGACUGUACACUGAUUCUCACGGAGGGAGACUCAGCCAAGGCCACAGCGAUGGCGGGACUCGGAGUCGUCGGAAGAGACUACUAUGGCGUCUUUCCGUUACGAGGAAAAGUCCUCAACGUUCGGAAUGCAGAUCCUUCAAAGGUACUUGUAGAUGCUGUAAACGAGGAAUAUUUUAUGAAAUUUCUUCCAGUACUGCUACUACCCCGCGCAACAAGAUUUCUUGAGAACGAAGGUGAUCAUUCAUCUUUAGGUCGGACCGAUAACGAGAAACUCCAAGAAGAGUAUCUCAUUGAUCUACUCCUUCCACCAGGUUACCAACAAUGCCGAAAUCAAGAACGUGUGCAAGAUUCUGGGUUUGCAGAUUCCAGAAGCGUGUCUUGCCAAGGACUUUAAGGAGGCAGACCGACCCGAGGAAGACCUGCAGGAGAGUACUGUAGAGAUGCUGAAGCGCAAGAUGCGAUACGGUAGUGUGACAAUCAUGACAGAUCAGGAUUUCGAUGGCAGUCACAUCAAGGGUCUGCUUCUCAACUUCUUGCAGUACUACUGGCCAGCGUUGCUCCGUCACGAGCCGCAGUUCGUGCGUGAAUUCGUGACGCCGAUCGUGAAAGCGACGGGGCGAAAGAUUGGGCGGCAGCCGGCGCCAGUGUUGAGCUUCUUCACGGUGAGCGAGUACGAACAGUGGAAGGACAGCUUGUCGAAAGAGGAGAAGCGGAGGUGGAAAGUGAAGUACUACAAGGGUUUGGGAACCAGCACGAGCAAGGAGGCCAAGCAGUACUUCGAGAAACUGGAAAAGCACAGUCUAAGCUUCAAAUACGAAGGAGACGCGGACGACGACUGUAUCUCGAUGGCGUUCGACACGAAGAGGGCGGACGACCGCAAAAAGUGGAUCAAGGAUUUGAACGAGGGAGAUUUCGUGGAUCACAACGAGAGUGAGCUCACAAUCGUCGACUUCGUGAAGAAAGAGCUUGGCUUUGCCGCUCAAUACGACGUGGUGCGCAGCGUCGCCAACAUCAUCGACGGCUUCAAGCCGGGUCAGCGCAAGAUCAUGUACUGCGCCCUGAAGCGCAACUUAAAGUCAGACAUUAAGGUUGCGCAGCUGGCCGGUUACGUCUCCGAAAAAGCCGCCUAUCACCACGGUGAGAAGUCCCUGGAGGACACGAUUGUCGGAAUGGCGCAAGACUUCGUCGGCAGCAACAAUCUAAAGCUCUUGGUCCCGAGCGGUCAAUUUGGUACGCGCAUCGAAGGCGGCAAAGACAAUGCCGCGUCGCGUUACAUCUACACGCGUUUUUAUGGUUAGCUUUUAUCCAUCUUUCUCGGCAUCUUGAUCCCCUUUUGCCUUGUAUUCUCAUGAAAUAAAAGGGGAAAGGGCUCGAGAUGAGGGGACCAGGAUGGAUUACUGCUGAGUCUAACGUUUGAACAACCCGCUAACGCGUGCCCUGUUUCAUCCGGCGGACGACAAGAUCCUCGACUACAACCAGGAGGAGGGCAAAUGGAUCGAGCCGAAAGUCUACUGCCCUGUCAUCCCCAUGUGCCUAGUGAACGGAGUGACAGGCAUCGGCACUGGGUGGUCCACGUCGAUCCCGAACUUCGAUCCUCGGGACAUCGUGCACAACUGCCGCAUCUACGUUAAACGCGAGCUGCGACUGAUCGAACCAGGGCUGCCGCCACGCGACGACCCCAACUACGACAACGCAAAAGCGUCCCGCAUAAGGGAGCUCGAGGCCUCGCGUGCUUUGCCUCCGUACCGGGAGAUGGUGCCCUGGUAUCGUAACUUCACGGGCGAAGUUCGCGGCCGUCCAGGUUCGAAGAACUUCACCUCAGAGGGCUUCGUCACCCCAAAUGAGGAUGGAUCCACUGUGGAGAUCACUGAACUUCCGGUGAAGGAAUGGACGCAAAUCUACAAGGACAAGUUGGUCAAGAUGCAGAAGGACAGCGAGAACUCCGGAGUCAUUGACUUUAGAGAGUACUAUUCUUUUAGGCCUUACUACUUGAGGGCCAAUUUAGUAUUUUCAAGAACAGUGCUGGAAACUACUAUUACUACUCUAAUUCUAAAUACUAGGCAUUCACUUUGCCUUCAAGAAUUUUUAAUUACUCAGCAUAGAAGUCAUUGCAACAGUCUCACGCUUACGGAGACGGAGAUGUUGAAUCUUCGCAACUUGCGAUUUGUCAGUCUCAUUUCCCGUGCUCUUUUUAGGUAUCACACGGAUGUGACAGUGCAUUUCUCGGUGGAUUUGAACGAGACCGGGAGAGAGCUCGCGCAGCAGCAGGGGUAUUUGAAGUACUUUGGUCUUAUUUCGGCGAAGGAGUUGUCCACGACGAAUAUGAUGGGAUUCAACAAGGAGGGUCGGAUCAUCAAGUACGACUCACCUCUCGACAUUCUUCGCGAGUUCGCGGACUAUCGAGCUCACAUGUACCAGAAGCGCAAGGCGCAUCUGCUAGCUCGCUUGUCACAGUCAGAAGCCGAGCUCCGCGAACAGUGCCGGUUUGUGCAGCUUGUGGUGAAGCGCGAUCUGAUCGUGCGAAAACGCAAGGUCGCCGUAAUUCUAGCGGAACUCCGACAAAGGAACUUCCUGACGGCGUCGCAGCUGGCGGCGAUGGUGCCCCGAAGCGAUCGCGAAGAAGAGGAGGAGCGCGAGGCGCGGCGCGAGGCCAAGACCGCGGCAGCCGAAAACGCGGGAGAGAGCGGCGGCGCAGAGCAGAAUGACGAAGACGAAGAGGACGAGCUCCUAGAUGCCAUGCUCGGAGGUGGCGAAGACGGCGCAGGCGAUGAUGACGUGGCAGCGGACGUAGCGGCACAGAUGGAGAACAGAGCUCGCGCAGCGGCGGCUCUGUCCGUCGCGAAAGAACGCCGCGAGUUCGAAUACCUACUGGGAAUGCCGCUGAGCAGUUUAACCACCGACAAAGUGCGCGAGCUACAGCAAAACUACGAAGAGAAAGCGAGAGCACACAAGGAAUUGGCGCAAAAGAGCGCCGCGGAUUUAUGGGAAGAGGACCUGGAUGAAGUCGACCGACAGCUGGACGCGGAAGACGCGUAUUACGAACGGGAACUUGCGGAAGCGAGAAAGCAGCAGGCGAAGGCGCAGGGUGGACGACAGCCAGGAGGUGGGAACAACAAAGCGAAGAAAAACACCAGUACCAAGAUGAAAACGGCUCCUGGUGGAGGCGCCGGUGGAGGUGCUUCGUCAUCUAGUGCAGCGAAAGGAGAGGCUGCUGCAGCGGGAAAAAAGAAAGGUGAAGCGCCAGCUGCAGGUCGCGACCUAGCAGUCGUAGACCCAAGUGCGCCUCCACCUACCGCAAAAUCAGCGUUGAAAGCCAUGAAGCGAGCGGCCGCUGGAGCAUCAGCUGAGGGAACUGCUAGCAGCAGUACAGCAGUGGCCGCUGUGAAGCAGGAAAUGCAAGACGACGAAACAGGAGAGGCCGCACCAGCGACAGAAGUAGGUGGAACGAAGAUGCGGAAGGCGCGAAAAGUGAAAGAAACGCUUCUUCCGGCCGAAGACGCUCCUGGUGACCAAGUCAAGGCUUCUGAGGCUGUCGAUGCGAAUGCUGAAAAGAAUGGAAAGAAGGCUCCUGGAGCAAAGAAGGGUGGCAAAGGGAAAAGCCGUGGUAAGAAGAAGCAGCUCUCGCUAGUCGAUGACGAGAGCAGCGCAGAGGAAGACGACGAGGAUGACGACGACGCAGAGGACGGCGCGGAGGGUGCUCCGGCAGCAAAGAAAGCUAAGAAGGACGUCAAGACCGAAGCAGCGCCGGUCGUGAAAGAGAAGAAGGAGAAACCAAAGCCUGCGCGAGAGGACGUCGCGGCAGAACUGCUACAGCUAAAAGCAAAAAAGAGACAAACCCGCGGCUCGGAGAAGCGGAUAGCUGAACUCGAAAAGCAACUAGCAGAGUAUGGCCCCGUGCUAGGUGCUAUGGUUCCACCACUUGGAGGAGUUCCUGGCGUGGGAGUGGCUAGUAGCAGCCGGGUUGCCUCUGACACGCUGAUAGGACAAGGCGGCACAUCUUCAAAUGCUAGUGGUCUGUUAAAACGUCCCGUUCUCGCUUCAGCUCCAGGAGGGGGUGCAGCCGCUGCAUCUUCUUCAACGACAGCCCCAGCCGUUCCUCUUCCCGUAGUCCCCAGCGUCUCCGCGUCGUCCAACGCCGACUCGGCCACGACAGCAGAGCUCCUAGCUCAGCGGCUAGCGCACAAAACGACCGGUUCUUCAUCAGCAAGUGGAGGCCCUCCUAACAGUUUUUGUGUGGCGCCUCUAGCACCGCUGGCAUCCAACAUUCUAGACAGCCCUGUCUCCAAACCUCCUGGUCCUCCCCCUAAAAAGGACUAGAGAGUCCAUCUGCUGAACUUGUCUAGAAGUUUGGUUGCAAUAAGGGAAAUUCCAAUUAAGUGUGAGAACCCUAUAGAGAAUCUACAUCUACUUGUGAUAGAUUAAUAGCAACAUGGACUAGAUCGACCCAAGUUCCCAUCUGCACAACUCAUAACAAUUCUCUACCAAAUCAAUUUCAUCAAGGAAAUCAGCAUCAAAAGUGCUGCUGCAAGUUGAGUACUUAUAAUAAAUCGUGUGGAUGCUUUAGGCGUAAAUAGAAAUAAACAAGCAAGAAAUCGCGUUUCUCUUGCAGUUUGGCGUAUUCAGUAAAGAUUCUUAUAUUUUUUGAGAUUGGGAGUGAAACGCAAAUGAUCAGUGGGUUGAAUCAUCGUAAAUGCUGAGCUACGCUAAAUGCCUCAACGAUGACGUUGAGCUUCAGAAGUAUGUGGACAGUUCUCUUAGCAUGGUGAAGCAAUGUUGGAGAUUUUCUUGUGGUGUCACGCGCGGUUCUGAAAGGCCUAGGGUCGUCCUCAUUCAAUCACAAACGAAGACUAAAACUUUUGACGCUGCUGCUCAGUCAGUGUGCGCGUGUCUCUCUUCAGAGAGAACGAAGUGUUCCGUGAUCAUUACGGAAAUCCGUCAUGCGUCGAGUUCAGCUAACCUGGA